AUGAAGGAAGCGAUUGUGUCUAAGGGUCCGUCGGUCAAGAUUGUGGACAGCCCAAUCCCUGAACCUGGUCCCGAGCAGGUUGUUAUUCAGGUUGUCGUUAGUGGGAGUAACCCCAAGGACUGGAAGCUCCCAGAAUGGCUGGGCCAGACUGCCAAUACUGGUGACGAUAUUGCUGGCAUUGUGCACUCGGUCGGCGAGAACGUGUGGGAGUUCAAAAAGGGUGACCGCGUCGCGAGUUUCCACGAGAUGGUGACGAGCGGAGGAAGCUUCGCUGAGUACGCUGUAGGAUGGCAGCACACCACCUUCCACAUUCCAAAGAAAACCUCCUUCGAAGAUGCCGCCACCCUUCCCCUGGCCGCCAUGACCGCCGCCAUAGGCCUGCACGUCCGCCUCGGCCUCGACGCCCCCUGGGUCCCCAACUCCAAAAACUCCGAAACCCCUCUGGUAGUGUACGGUGGCGCUUCCGCCGUCGGCGCGUACGCCAUCAAGCUCGCGCGAAAAGCCAACAUCCACCCCAUCAUCGCUGUCGCUGGCCGCGGCAUCCCCUUUGUCGAGAAGUUGCUGGACCCCUCAAAGGGCGACGCCAUCGUCGACUACCGCAAGGGCGAUGACGCUGUCGUCUCGGGCAUCAAGGACGCGCUCAAAGGCAAGAAGUUGUACUAUGCGUUCGACGCUGUAUCGGAGCACAACAGCUAUACCAACAUUGUGCAGGUGUUGGAGAAAGAUGGACACAUUACCUUGGUUUUGCCAGGCAAGAAGUACGAGGGUAUUCCGGAGACGGUGCACAUGACAAUUACGAGUGUGGGGGAAGCGCACAAGGGCGACAAGGAGUUUGCGUAUAUCUUUUUCAGAUAUAUUGCGAGGGGUCUGGAUGAGGGAUGGUUUACGCCGCACCCGGCGGAGGUGGUGAAGGGUGGAUUGGAAGGGGUGGAGAAGGCGCUGACAGAUUUGAAGGAGGGGAAUGCGAGUGCGGUGAAGUAUGUGUUCCGGAUUGCGGAUACGCCGGGGGUUAAGGGGGCGCAGUUGUAAAGUCGCAUCUGUAAGUGUCGUGGAGACAUCUUUCAAAGAGGGUACAUGAUGAAUGAACAUUCCGAUGAUCAAUUGAUCCCUACUCGAAGCAACGACGAGGAGUGGCACAGUUGACGUGCAUGGGUCGCAAUCCUGAAUCUUGACCUACAAAUGCAUCCUUCAAACUUGUGAACAUGAUUCCGGGGAUAAGACAGAAUCGAAUUGAAGAAGAAGGGGGAGAUUAAACUUGAUAAGGAGAAAUUUAUCAAAACGAUAAGCACACUUUUGAAGUGGCCAGGAAGGUUUAUAACUGAAGAGGUGGUAGAACUAGGGCAUAAGUUUAAGUAGAUCAUGAACAGGCACAUUCGUGGUAUUUUGAUGUGUAGUCUCUGCGG